AUGCUAGGCACUAAAGUGCUGGUAGCGAUUUUCUUCAUCGGAACUUUUCCCACACAUGAGUUAAGAUUUUCUUCACCUUUUGCACAUGGUCAAUAUGUGAAUAAACGUAAACCCGAAGGGAGGCACAACCUAAUUGGUGAAACAAACGAAUUCAAUAACAUGUCUUAUUUUAGUCAAGAUUUAACACAACUUCUUUCUCAUUCCUUGAAGAGUGUUCCCAUUCUAGCACUCAGGGAAAAGGUGAAGGCUCAAGUGGAGAAGGCAGCACUGAGCUUACAGUUGCCAAAUCCUGAGGAGGAAACAUGCGAAAUGAAUUACUCAGAAUUGUGUCCAGAGGGAUGGGGGAAUUGGGGAGACGGAGAGAAUUGUAUAAGUCCAAUGGAUUACAGAGGACCUUGUAAAAAAGAAAUGAUUUCUUUUAAGAAUUCAACACCUAGAGAAAAAUACAACUUUUCCAUAAAGUGUAAAGUAUCAUGGCCAUGUGUUUACAAAUGCAGUGAAGAAGAUUUUUCAGGCAAAUGUCCCGAAAAUUGGAUCCUAGAAAAUGGAACAUGCUAUGCUCCUAGAAAUUAUAUAGGAAAAUGUGUGCGUCAAAAAAAUUUUCAGAAUUUUUCAGAAACAGAGAAAAAGAUAUGGGCAGAUGCAUGUGAUGUGAACUGGCCAUGCUACAAGAAAAAUUACAAUUUUGAAAUUCUAUGUCCACAAAAUUGGAUACAACAUCCAGACAAUAAAAAUUGCUUAGCUCCUAACUCUUACAUUGGGCCUUGUGGAGGUGUUUUAUAUUUAUACAAUCUUAAAGAUGAAGAGAAAAAACUCUUGAUGAACAAGUGUAACAUAGAAUGGCCUAUUCGAUCGAGUGUUGAAGAACAUGAUUUAAAUGAAUAUGCAUGUCCAGUUGGUUGGAAAAUGAACAUUUCACAUCAGAAAGAAAUGGGAACUUGUACUAUGCCAGAUUCAUACGAUGGACCAUGUGUAAAAAAUGAAGAAAUAAAAAAUAUAUCCUUUGAAAAUUUUAGCAAAGAAGAAAAGUAUGAAAUUUCCCAAAAAUGUAACAUUAUGUGGCAUUUUACAGAUGAGAAAUAUCAGAAUUUUGAUUUACCUUGUCCUUUUAAUUGGGUUCUAGUAGAUGCAGUAGAACACAUCUGCAUAGCACCUGUGGAAUACACUGAACCAUGUAACAAUAUAUUUUCCUUUAAAAAUUACACAAAUCAAAUGAAAGCUGCAUGGGCAUUUCGUUGCAAAGUUAUCUUUAUGGACAACAUAAAUGAUAACCAUGUGAUGAUGAAUACAACAAAAAAGAGAAAAAUUUUUGGCUUAGAUAGAGAAAGGAAUAAUAAUACGGAGGAUAUUACCCCUCUCACAGAUACACCUUCAGUGAGUGAUGGUCCAAUAGGACAUGUCGGAUCCAUGUACGAAGGUGUCGUUCUUAAUGCACUAAACAAUGUAGAAUAUCUUCCACAAAAUAAAUCAUCAUUGAGAUUGUCAAGGGGACACAUAAAUGUGACUGAUAUAGGCAAUAUGAAUACAAACGAAUUUAUUCUUAGUGAUGAAAAAAUAACGGAUCUUCUUCUACUGAAGCAGUUAUCAAAUGAUGAUGAAUUGAAGAGAAAUAUAGAUGAGGUUAUACGAACAUUAAGACGUAAUGAACAUGUGGAGAAAAACUUCUUUUCAUUUAUUCAGGUGAGAUCCAAAGCGAGCAUAAGGAGGAGUACAAAUGAAACAUCGGGCGUGGGUAAGUCGACCACUGAUAUGGAAGAAGCAGGAACUCCAGGAACUUUGAAUCUGGAAAAGGAUUGGGACCGAGAAAAAAAAAGCAGAAACGAAGAUGGAAUGAAUGAACAUAAUCUCAUCAUAUCGGAACAACUAACAGAUGAGAAAAACCUAAAUGAAAUAAAAAAUUUAUACACAAAUUAUCAAAUCGAAGGGACAGCAGAUCAAUCGUAUUAUGAACAUAUUUGUUUCGAAAAAAAUUACACAGAAUGUCCAAUUGGGUGGAUAAAAAUAAGUGCAAAGGAAUGUAUGGCCCCGAGUUCAUAUAGAAAGAAUGUAGAAAGGUGCAGUACCAUAUUGAACUUAAAUGAUUUGACGAAAAGUGUGUAUUCAGUAACACAUGAUAUGUCUUUUGUAACAAUGGAUGAAGAAAAAAUAAAAAAUUUUGAGAAAAAAUGUAAUGUACAAUUUCCUUGCAUUGAUUGUGAACGGGAUUAUGUUCAAGUCAAUUGUCCACUCGGAUGGACUCAGAAAAAUGAUGAAUCAUGUGAAUCCCCAGAAGAUUAUCCAAUGCAUUUAAAAGGAGUAUGUGGUACGAAUGUCAAUUUUAAGUAUGCAACUCCUAGUAUUAGACGGAAUUGGAGUUACUUAUGUAAAUCUGAUUGGCCUUGUUUUUCCCAAUGUGAAAAAAAUUAUUCGUCUAUUUGUCCUCUUGGAUAUAAACUCAUAAAUGAACGUUCAGGUAGCAUAUAUGGUGAUGGGAUAAUUUACAUCUGUGUUAAUCACAAUUGGGUUGAAGAACAUCAACUGGGUGAAAGAACUAAUGGCACCACUACAGCUACAGAACUAGGUAAAAGAAACGAAUGUCUCGUGAUUGAGAUUUACAACAGUGUACAGGUAAAAAAAGAAAUAGAACGAAAAUGUAAAGUUAUUUGGCCAUGCUUAAACAAAUGCGAACAAGAUUAUUAUCAAACUUGCCCUUAUAAUUGGCUUUUGAAAAAUAAUAGUUGUAUAUCUCCAUAUUAUUACAAACCUCCAAGAGGAUGCCACAAAUCCUUCUCUGUGAAAUCAUUCAGCACAUUUGAUAAAUAUCUUUUUUCAAAUAAAUGUUUUGCACCAUGGCCAUGCAAAAAUGCUUGUCAACAAGAUUGGUCACAGCCUUGUCCAGAACAAUGGUUACUUGUAAAGCGGAAGAAAAAUAUCCCUUAUAAAAAAAAAAGGAAUUCUCAUGCUGUUUUUUGUAAACCUCCUCCGCUUUACAAUGGUAAUGACAGUGACAGUGGCAAUGAUAAUGACAGUGAUAGUGGCAAUGAUAAUGACAGCGACAAUGGCAAUGAUAAUGACAGCGACAAUGGCAAUGAUAAUGACAGUGACAAUGGCAAUGAUAAUGGCAAGAGGACGGGGAAGGGGAAGUGUCGAGAGGAACUCUACGACUUGACUGAUUUUACAUUUUUACAAAAGCAAGAAUUUUCUCAUGAAUGUAGUGUUAGGUGGCCAUGUGGUAGAAGCUCCUUGAAUUAUUCCCCUAACUGGCAAACGGAAAAGGUGUACCACGAUGUAAAUUUUGGACGCUUAAAAACUCUACGAUUUUACAAUUCGCAUUAUGCCUCCCAGUAUGCCCAACGUAUCGGUUCCUUCUUCUAG